CACCAUCCGCUGCUGGGAGAACGUACACAGUCUCUCUCAACCCCCCAGAAGAUGAACCCAACCCUGGUUUUGCUGCUGCUCUGCCAGCUUGCCUUGUAUACGUCAGUGACAUCCAAGAAAGUAUGUGGCCGCCCGCCCGUGACCGACGGUAUAGAUACGCUGGGCCUAAAGCGUGUGUAUGAGAUUGGAGAAGAGGUGACCCUGGCGUGUGAGCGUGGAUACAUACCUGGGAAAGCCAGAACAGCCAGGAUCACCUGCUCUGCCUCGGGAGAGUGGACCAAACUGGACCUUGUGUGUUCUCCAAAGAUGUGCCCUCUCCCCAAGCCUAUGCAAAAGCCAGGGAUGAUUGACGUGCCAUUCAAGAGUGUACUCAACUACACCUGUGAUGACGGGUACGUCAUGAUAGGAGCCAAUGAGAGCGUGUGUUUACACGACGGUACCCUCAGUGCACCACCACCAAUGUGUAAAGCUGUGAGUUGUGCUCUGCCUCAAGCACCUAAGCAUGGUAAAAUUGUCUAUGACAAGAAGUUCACCGGCAGUGAAACCCGGUACGGACAGAGUUGGACAUAUGAGUGUUUGCCGCCAAGAGCUCCCAUUGGCAACGAGAGAGGAUCGUGCCUGGCCAGUGGAAACGUGACUGAGCCACCAGUAUGCGAGGAGGUGAGUUGCUCCAUCCCACCAACGAUAGACCACGGCUUCAUCACCUUUGCUGUGAUGAGGGAGGCUGGCUACAAGGAGAAGGUCAAGUACCAGUGCCAGGAACACUACGUUCUGGACGGCUCUGAGGAAAUACAGUGUCAGAAUACAGGCAACUGGUCCACUUUGCCCGUUUGUAGAGCCCCCUGUAAAGUUAACAUCAACAGAGGUCGCAUCUUCUACAACGCCAAGAAGAUCUGGAUUGGGGAUUUGAAACCCAAUAGAGUCCUUCACGGGGAGCCUGUUGUGUUCUACUGUCUGAACAAGGAGCUGAAGUGUGGCAUUCCAGUAGCAAGUCAAUGCAACGACGGCACACUCAAUACCCCAGAAUGCUUUAAAGAACCAGGCAAGAUGGAGUACACCCUCAAGCCCAAAUCACUUCCAUCUGAGAUUGCGAUGUGUCCUGCUGACCUAACAAAAUAAACACAAUACGAAGAGGAAAGAUAGGGCAAAUAAAUUACAAAUAAAUGUGACUUUGUGUCCAAAUAA